UGUUCCUUUCUUCUCUAGCAGAAGUCUCAGAUGUAAACAAAUGCUUGACUGUUAAACAGAGUUCAAAACCAUUUGACGCAGAAGAGUAGCUAUCUAAGGUUUACAGUGAUCAUAUGUGUCUGUUGUCUGAAUAAUUUUUCUAGUCAAAACUCGAAAUUUUAUAUUUAAUAUGAAAGCGUCGUUUUAAUUUUGUGUUAGUUUCGUUGUUUGUGAAGUGGACAAUGUUGACUGACAAUAUGGAAGAAUUCUCUGCUUAUUGGACUAGUCCCAAAGUUGUGCUCAAAUGUGUUGGUCCAAAACUUGUGCCAUUUUUCAAAACUGUUGCAAUUUUCUUUGUCCUGGCCACACCAUCUCCAUGUUGGUUUGCCUGCCUCAUCAAAUCACUGCCAGUACUAUGUUUGUGUGGAUUUGUCUUGUAUCAUGGCAUGAGUCUUGGUGAGAAACAUGCUUAUGCUCGAAGAAUUCUGCUUGGAUUGCUGUUCUCUUGCAUUGGAGAUAUCUUACUCAUUUGGCCUUGUUGCUUUAUGUGGGGAAUGUUAUCCUUUGGGAUUGCUCAUUUAUUGUAUAUAUCAGCUUUUGGUAUGAAACCAUUGAACCCUAUUGCAGGAAUGGUGUGUGCUGUGGCAGGUGCAUUGGGCUAUCUUGUUUUACUUGGAGGAUGUGAAGGACCCUAUAUUGUUUUGAUUCCCAUAUACAUAUUUUUGCUGAUGUUUAUGGUUUGGCGAGCUGUUGCACGUGUACAACUUUUUGAAGAUCUAUGGACUUGGACUAAACUGUGUUCUUGUGGCGGUGGUAUCCUCUUUGCUAUUUCUGAUUUUAUUUUAGGUCUGAAUAUGUUUCGUGCACCAGUGCCAUAUUCUCAAAUGCUUGUUAUGGUUACUUAUUAUGCUGCGCAAUUAGGUAUUGCACUGUCUGUCGUUGACAGUACAUCUAUAGCCAUUAUCAGUGCUGCUCACAGCACCGAUAACAACCACUGCUGCCAACAUCUAAGCAACUCAUCUCCCGAGAAAAAGAAUGUUGCUCCCAAACCCAAAAAUGAACACUUGAACUUGCGUCCAUCUCACAAGAGAGUGAAAAAUUUUGACUAAGAUUGUUGCUACCUAUAAGAUGAUUUCUGUUUGUUUUUGUAUAUUGGUAUGAUCUUGAGUUCUAUGGUGAAAGUUAUGUAUUGAAGUUAAUUUUAUUUAUUAACAUUAUUGAAUAGAUCAGACAUGAUUUUAAGUUACUGCAUUUUAUAUAAUGCAAUGAGUUUUGAACAAAGAUUUGGAUUCCUUUAAGAAUGAGUGAAGGCUUUUUUUAAAUAAUGUUAACUGUAUUAGUUGUGCAUGCAUGUUAUAUUGUCUAGUUUCAGUGGAGAAUGAUUUUAUAUCUCUCUUGGACCUUUCUAUGGUUAUCUUCUUCCAAUAAUCACUUUGUUAAAAUGCACUGUAUUGAUUUUGAAACUGUUAAUUUAUGAAACUUGAUUUAAUACUUCAGAAUAUUGUAUGUCCUAAAAAGAACAUAGAAUAUGAAUGUGUGUUUAUUAAAAUCUUUUUGACUUAAAUGAACUAGUUAAUGGCAAGUUCACUCAUAAGAUAGUUGUUGCAGUCAUAAUUUUGUAAAAGAUUUUCGUUAGUUAUUGUAGAAUCUGUUAGUGUUUGAAUUUUGACUCUAUUCAUAGAUGUAAGUAGUUCAUCUUGUCUUUCAUAAUUAUUUUAAAUUGUGUAUAUAAACAUAUCAAAAAGUUCUGUUCGAAAAUUGAAAUUUGAUAAACUGUAAAUCAAAUUUCUUUUAUUUCAUGCUCUGUACAUAUUCAGUGUUUUAAAUCAGCAUUUAAAUCUUUGAUAAAUGCCAUUAUGGCAUUUGAAUGAUUAUCAUAUAUUUAAGUAUUAUUUUUGUACCAAAAUAAAAGGCAGGCCUUUAAAAAUACCUAAGCUUUCUGGUUGUAUAAGUUGUAUUUGUGAAGUCUCUUAUAAUGCAUUUGCAAAUUUGAUAAAUAUUAAUUUUUAAAACUCAAUCAGUUUUCAUUUUAUGAAAAUUUUGUAAUAAAUUAUGAAAAUACUGAUAACUGAAACAAAUGUUAGAUUUAUAUUCCUAGCUGAAUAUAUAUUUCUGAGUUCUUUUUUCAUAUUCUGAAAAUGAAAAUGUUCAAUUUGAAAAAUAAUCUAGUCUUUCAUUUCAAUAAAGCAAAUGAAUGAACAAUUUGAAAGAUGCAGUUUUCAUGAAAUAAAACUCUCAAACUCAGCUUCAAAUGAAUUGAAUGAGUGGGAUUUUUUUUUAAUUACUCAAUCUGAUACUGAUUAAGCAUAAUUUUUAUUUAUAUAUUUCUCACAAAUUUAUCUUCUUAGUAUGUUAAAACAAAAAGGAAAUAUCUAUAAUUUUAUGAAAACUGCUCUGCACAGGAAAAGCACAAAACAGAAUUAUAUGAUAAAAUGAAGUUAACUAACCUUAGGGAAAAAAUACUUAUCAUUAAAAUCUUUCUCAGAUUACUUCUUUAUUUGAAUUAAAGAAAAAUGUGAUUUACACCUUAGAAAUGAAAUAUUAAAGUUUUUUUUUAAUCUUUUGAAUGCUAAAGAUAUAUUUGUAUAUUUUGUCAUAGACCUUACUAUUUACAAAAUACACAUAUUUCUAUUAUUCACUAAUAUAUAAGAUGCAUUAAUGCAACAUAUGCAAUUACAAUAUUUUCUCUAUUUCAGUUUUAAUAGUACAAAUACUGAAAUUGCAUCAUAGCUAUUGUACAAACUUAAUUAUACACAGAAUGCACAGGUGUUUUAAUUUGAAUUCAUUUAUUGCUUUUUAAUUAUAAAUCGAGUUUAAGGUUCCAAAAAAAUUGUGCACCAAAUGAUAAAAGAUAUUCAUAAUUUUUCAAAUAAUAAGAUCUGAUUAUAUUGAUAUGAAGAAGCUCUUCAACAGAGAAAAAGAAUUAAUCUCCACUUUCACAUUUUUUAUUCAGAAAUUGAAAUAAAAAAAAAAUAACAUUUUGAAAGCAUUUUCAAUGUUCCUGUGUCAGUUUUCUUAUCAGUUGAUCCAAAUAUAACUAUUAUAAAUUUAAACCCAAAAGCAUACUCUUUCAAUACAAAAAUUUAAGUUAUAAAAUAGCUAUGCAUUUGUGAAUAUGUAGUAUAGUCAAAAGGUUAAAAUAAUUUUGUGUAAUUUUCUUCCACACUUUUAGUAAGUCUAAUUAUUUCUUCAUUGCCACCAGCCAAAUGAAUAUUUUCAUCAUCAUCAUAUAAUUCAUUUAUUAUCGUCAUUGUUAUAAAAAAAUAUUUAUCUUACUUCUGGCACUAGGCACAAUUCUAAGAAUAGGAGAUUCUAUAGUCAUCUAAUUAAAUCAGUGUGAAAUCAAGAAAUCAUAGUUUAAAUAUAUUUUUAAUGACAAGUUUAAUAAAGUAUUUAAACUGGUGGUUGUUAGGUUUUAGGGGCUUUGCUGUUAUUCAAAUAUUUUUUUUUUCAUAAAGUAUUAUAUAAAAGAUGAAAAUAUAAUUUUAUCAUGAAUUUAAUUUAAAUUACAUUAAAUUCAAAUAAUUUUUUUAAUGGGAAACCAAAUUUUGUCAAUCAUCUUUACAUUUAGUUUUUGAAGUCUCUUGAUGUUAACAACUUUUAUGAAUGUGAAUUAGUCUUGUGAACUAAAAUUUCCUUUUUUCUAGAAUGAUCUGUGAUAGAAGUCUUGUCCUUGUUUUAUAGCAAUAAUCAUCCUAGAGAUUGAUUUAAUACAGUUAGUUAGGGAUUUUUUUUUCUUUCUAAAAUGAAGGAAAAGAAAACUUUUUAAAAAAUCUCUGUGAUAAAAACAAAUUAUAUCAUAUUUGUUUUACUAUUGUUGAAAAACUGAGAGAAAAGAACCUACUCAUUCAGAAGAAGCAUAUAUAUUUGAAUAAUAUCUUUGUUCAAAAAGAACAAUAAUUAAUUUUAUUGAUAAAUUCUCAUUAAUUUUUGACAAUAUGUUGUACAAGUAAUGAUUAAUAUUAGGUGUUAAAAAUGUGUAUGAUUAGAAAAUAUUUACUCAUUAAAUUUCAUGUAGAAUAUUUGAAGAUAUAAAGGAAAUCUUUUGUAUAAAAUCCGAGGAAUCAAGCAUCAUUUUUUUUUUUUAAUUCUCUUAGAUGUCUAAAUAGUGUUAGGUUCAAAAUAUUUUAAAUAAUAUUUUUGAAAUAGUUUUAAAAAGAUAGAUAAAAAAAAACUUCUCAUUUAAAAUAUUUGGAUUUUUACAGAUGCAUUCAAUUAUCUAAAACAGCUUUAUGAUAGGAGAUUAAAGGUUGAUAUUAAAUAUGAAUAAUGAUUUAAUUUCACUGAAUAUUGAAAAAAAAUUCAAUUUUUUUAUACAUGAUUGAAUAACUAAUUAUUAUUUUAUUGAAAAUUGUUACAUUUGCUAAAACUUGGGAAUGUUUUUCUGAGAGCAAAAUAUUUUAAACAUAGAGAGUAUUUGAUGUGAAGUAGCGAGUUCUUGGGAUUUUAAGUGUUUUGUAUGUUUAUUUUUAAAUAAGUUACUUUUGUGUUUUUACAUUUAGGUCACACCUAUUUUUAUCAUUUAGUUUACUGAUUUUUUUUUAUUAUAUUUGUAACCGGUGAGAUUUAUUUUUAUGAAUAUUUAUUUAGUCAUUUGUGUUAUUUAUUCAUGUUUGGAUUUUGUAGUAUUGUGUCUCAUUUAGUUAAUUUUAUAAACUGUUUUAAAAAUGAUGCAAAUGGGUAAGGUGAUGCUAUUAGUGGACAUAAAUUUUUGUUAUUUUCUUGUAUAAAUGAAUAAUAUAUUUAAUAAUUCUUUUUCUGUAUUUAUUUUGAGGGAUAAGGUAAAUAGACUUUCUUAUCAAUGGAGUGUUUAUUAAUGAAGAUUAAAUGUGAUGAAAGGAAGUCUUAUUAAUUAUUGUUGAUGAAGAAGGUUUUUGAAAAUAAAAUGGUGGUAUUUUUUUAUUUAUUAUUCUUUUAUUACAUUGUCAUUUAAGGAUUUGAUUUACUUAUGCAUAUAUUUUGAUCAAUAUCCUUGCUUUACAGUUAUUUCUUUUUCAUUUUUUACUCUAAAUUUUAAAUUUUCUGAUUUGGAAAUUGAAGAUGAUUUUUCUAAAAAAUAUAUAUGCUUGCCAGUAGCUUUGUUAUGAAAAAUAGGUAUUUUUUAAAAACAAAAACGAUUUAAUGGCUGUUAUUUAAUUUUCACUUGCUGUUAAAAAUCUGCAUCAAAAAUUUGGAAUGUAUCUGUUAUCUGAAUAUAUAUAUAUAAAAUCAUUAGGUAUUAUUAUUGUGCGAAAAGCAGUUUUUAUAUUAAUUUUUUUAUUGAUUAGUUAAAAAGUAAAGAAAAGGACAAAAUCUGCAUAUGUUAUUUUAAAAAGUAUUUCAACUCUACAAAAUUGCUUCCUUGAAUCAUUGAUUCUUCAAAUUGAAAUUUAAUAUUGUUAAAAUGUUAAUUUCUUUAAUAGAUGAUGUUUCAUUAUCUAAUCUAUGAAAUAAACUAAUAUGAACGAUACAAAAACAAGCAUUUGCAUAUUUUGUUAUAUUUUUUGCCUAAAUUUUAUUUAUUGUUGAUAUUAUUAAAUGUAUCUGAUAUCUAUAUCAUGAUAUAAACCUUCUAAGUAAUUAUAUGUUUACAUAUCAAUUUGUUUAAAUGCUGUCUGAAAUAAUUUAUUAGACAUUUAAAAUAUUUUAUUGAAUUUUGGCAAUUUUAAUGUUUAAUGAUAUUUAAUUCUGCUUAUGAAAGCAAGUUAUAGAUGUAUAAAAUUUUGAAGUAAGUUUACCAGGUCUUCUGUUCACUUAAAGCAUAAAGAAGUCUUUCACAGAAUCUGAAAGAAAACAUAUUUAGAAAAUCAUCUUGGAGUAGUGUAGGAAAUUUUUUUUACAAAUUUUUUAUUUAAAUAUAUUAAUUAGAAGAUUUUUUAAUCCUUUCUAAAAGCAGUAAUUUAGAUAGCAAAUAUAAAUGUCAACUAUAGUUAGAUUUUAAAUCGUCUAACAAUUUAUGGAUAAUUAGAAAAACUAGUUAGCUUUAAAGUAAGAAAGAUAACAAUUAAUUUCUGGUAAUCAAUAAAAUUAUUAUUUUUCUUCAUUAUCAUAGCAUUAAAAAGUUUUCAACUGAUAAACUGAGAGAUAAAGAUAGUUUGUUAAUGCUCAAUACCAGUUUGAAAUGUUUAAAAAAAUAAUAGUAGAAGAUAUUUUAUUAAUUAUCUAAUAUGUUUAAUAUUUUAAAUUUCUAGUUUUUUUCCACUAAUUCUUUUAUAAUUGUAGAUUUUGACUGAUCUUAAUAUGUAGCAAAAAUUUUAGCAAAGUAAAAAAUAUUCAACAUAUCUAUCUAAGGAAUGUAUUUCUUAUUUUAUUUUUGAAAGAUUGCUGUUCAGAAGAAUGCAAUUUAUUAAUUAGAAACACUUGAUAAAUAAUGCAAUUAAAUUUUAAUCAAAAUUAUCUGGGAUCAUUUUCACAAGAAUAAUGAUGUUUUUAGUUCUAAGUACAGCCGAUGCAAAUUUUUAAGGAUAAAUGUGUAUCAUUAUAAUAGAUAUUUUUAACAGUAAAUAUUUUUAAUGCAUAUUGCUACAGACAGUAUGGCUGAGGCUAAUGCAUUUUGCUACAGUUCAACUUCUAAACUUUUAGUGAAAUAAUUAACAUCGGCGUUUUUAUCCUCUGGAGAAAUUUUCUUCUUCAAAUGAACAAAAAGUAGAGCUUUUGGUAAAUAACUAUUUUUGAUAAGAACUGUUAAAAAAAUGAAAUGAAGAGCUGUAUUCCAAAGCAUGUGUCAAAAAAAAAAAAAAAAGUUACUAUGAACAGUUUAAUAUUGGGUUAUUUGGGUAGGAAGAAUGAUAGAAAAAAAUACAUCUUUCAUAAUUUUUUUUGUUUAUAUUUCACAUAAUCAGAGAUAAUGCAACAGAAAUCAGAAUUUACAUUUCUAUAAGUUUUAAUCUAACUUGUCAUAACUUCAUAAAUUUGUUCCAUAUAUGCAAUCCUAAAAUUAGGGAUGCAUAUUUUAAUAAAUACUUUAUUACAGUAUGUUCUAUACAUAAUUUUAUUAUUAAUUAUUGCAUAAGUUAAAUUAAAUUUAUUAUUUAACUGAUAUUUUGCUAAACAAUUUAUUAAAAAUAACAUACCAGUUUGGCAAGAAGGAAGCUGAAUAAUUUUAUCAUAUUAUUUCAAUAGAUUAUUUGCCAAUUAUUUGAAUUCAGAAUAAAAAUAUUUAUCUUGAUUUAUGUAAAGAACCUAUUGUCAUAUCUUAUUGUAUAGUAAUUUAUUUAAAAUUAUAAACAAAAUUGAGAUAUAAAUAUAAGCAACAUAUUACUCAGUCGAGUAAAUUACAUUAAUUUACAUAUUUACAUUAAUUUUUAUUUUAAAUUAAUUUUGUGAUUUUGAAAAAUUUCUUACUUUAAUGUUAAAAAUAUUUGAGACUCACUAGUUUUUUAAUAGUGAAAUUUUUAAUCUUAUCAUCUAUUGUAUGAAAUUAUCUCUUGUGUCUUUUGUAAUUUCUAUUUCACAUUUACAUUUCUAUGUGUUGAUAUGUACUCAUUGGAAAAUAUUAUGUAUUAGAAACUAUUAAAAUGAUUGUACAAAUUACAUAUGUAUGUAUAUAUAUAUAUGGAUGUGGUAAAGCAUUAUUUUGUUGUUCUACGUUUUUGUGUAUUUCGAUGUAUUCUAGUCUUUGUUGGUACAUAUACACUGGACAUAUACUUGUAGAUUAAAAUUUCGUUGGAAUGUUGA